CUACGGUACCAGAGGAACCCAUUACAGACACUUCAGAGCCAUUGCAACCCUCGUCCGAACCUUCAACCUCUCUCGCCAGCGCACAACCGCUCCAAGCUUUCCCUAAAUUCGUACCGCGCGUUCUCAGCCAACAAGCCAAAUUACAAUUAAAAAAACUAGGACUUCCCGCCUGGCUUGCUAAUCCAAUAAUCGUUGAUCCAUCAAAAUCAGAGACUAUUGACAAGAUAAACGUCAAACUUUCCCAAUCUACUCUAGAUAAUUGUCAAACGUUAGGGAUUACCGAGUUUUUUGCAGUUCAGACAGCAGUUCUACCACUUUUGUUGAAAGACAAGACACACUCUCUGUACAGUUCUCAUGGACAAUUUGGAGACAUUUGUAUAUCGGCACCAACAGGAAGUGGGAAAACGCUUGCUUAUGUGAUUCCUAUUGUUGAGAUUCUUUCGACGCGCGUAGUCUGUCGAUUGCGGGCGCUAAUUGUUCUUCCAACGCGUGAUUUGGUCGCGCAGGUAAAAGAAAACUUUGAUGCAUUUUGUAAGGGGACGGAUCUUAAGGUUGGAGUAAUGACCGGGCAAACAUCCUUUGCUAACGAACAGUCACAAAUCGUUGACAAUAGCGAAGAUAUUCUUAUAGGCGGAAGCAGUAAGGUUGAUAUACUAAUUGCAACUCCGGGUCGUCUGAUCGAUCACAUAAAUUCGACACCAAAUUUUACACUACAACACUUGCGAUUUCUGGUAGUAGACGAAGCGGAUAGACUGCUUAAUCAAAGUUAUCAAGACUGGUUAUCUACCGUUCUCAAAGCAUUAAAACCAAAAAAGGAGGCUAGAGAACAUUCUAUGUCUGAUGUUGGUUCAAAUGGGUUUCCAAUUCAUGAUGCUGUCUCACCUGCUUGGGUAUCGACAGUCUUUCACAUUCCAGUGACUGACGUUUCAAUUUCUAAAACAAGUUCUCUUCAGAAACUUCUCUUUUCGGCAACUCUAACCCGAAACCCUGCCAAGAUUGCAAGCCUACAGCUACAGAAUCCGCGGUAUGUUGCCGUUCAAGGCGCUCCCAGCGAUGAUGUCAGAUAUACUCUCCCAAGUACAUUAAAGGAAUACAUGAUAGUCAUCGAAUCCUCGCAAAAACCAUUAAUAGUCCUCCACAUAAUUCAUAAUCUUAAAAUAAAGUCGGCACUUUGUUUCACCAAAUCUGUCGAGUCUGCCCACCGCCUAGCACUGUUGAUUCAGUUUUUCGAGAAGAUACAUCGACCAGAGGGUAAAUUCACAGCGUCAGAGUAUUCAAGUGAUUUGUCUCAGCAAGAAAGAACAAACAUUCUUAAACGGUUCAAAGACGGAGAACUUAAGCUAUUAAUCGCCUCUGAUCUAAUAGCUCGUGGUAUGGAUCUUGACAGUGUGGACGUUGUAAUUAAUUACGAUGUUCCAGUGUACAUGAAAAAGUAUGUUCACCGGGUUGGCAGAACAGCGCGUGCUGGACGCGAAGGAAUAGCUUACUCAAUUGUAGAGACACAAGAAGCUCGUUACUUUAAAGAGAUGCUGUCACGCGCCGGACAUUUGAAAGAUGUGAAGAAGCUCAGUAUUAAGUCAUCUAAAUUGGAACCAAUGAUGAGCUCUUACGCGGAGUCACUCGAUGCACUCAAAGAACAUAUGACAAAUGCUCGACAUCCGCAUUGA